CUCAGCGUCGCAAUUGGCAAGUGCGCUCCAAUGAAAAUAUGGAUGAAGCAGUCGAGAGACAGCUGUGGACCAACCGCGUUCCCAUCGCGUUCAAGCUUUCUGAAGCAGAUGAGCCGCGGCAUGGCGCAUCCAGCAAGCCCCGGCGCACGGACACCACUUGCUACAUGAUGGUGCCGCGCAUGGCAUACCUCCCGUUUGCGAGUGAAGCGCUCGCAUCCUUCUUCAGCAUUGACAUGCUGGAAAUCAUUGGCCCUGACGGCUCCCACCAACCAUCAUCGCUUCAAGCCAGCGAGCUGGAAGCGCAGGUCAAGGAGCAGCAGCCAAAGGUCCUCUGGUUCGAGUUCAAGGGAUACCCGCUCAAAUGGCACGUGCCGGUUGGUGUUCUGUUUGACGCCCUCACCGGCGACAUUGACGAUGUCGGCCGCCCCUGGGAAAUCACCGUCCACACAAAGAACUUCCCCGCCAAAGCGCUGCUGCCAUAUUCCACCAUUGAAGACCUGCAGAGACACUUCCUCUGCAGGCUGAAAGAAGCGUGCUUCAUCAAGCAAGGGACACUCAACCUGGAUGAACUCGGCGAUGUGCAGACGCUGAAGCGGCUCUGGUCCGGCCUCCUCUAUGACAACUACAACGACUUCCAAGAUGUGAACCAGCACCUGAUGUCCACGCCAGACAACAACUGGUUCAAGCAGUUCCCCUUCUGCCUGUACAUGACCGCGCGCACAGGCGACACAGGGCCAUGGGAGAUCACGCAGAUGGUGCGCGAGCCGUUUGGCGUGGCAGACGACGAAGGCAUGCCACUGACACUGUCCGACCUCUUGUCGGUGCUGCUGGGUGGCGGGUUCACGUACACCAACGCCACAGCAACAACCGAUGUUGAUGCUGAUGCAGAUGAUGACGAUGACAAUGGUGGUGAUGAUGGCGAUGAUGAUGAUGAUGGCACAGAGGACAAGGACAAGAAGGUGGUGAUGACGGCUGGCGAAGACAAUGAUGGUGGUGAGAAGCAGCAGGUGUCUGUGAUUGUGCAAGGUGUUGAGCCGCCACUUGACACGCCGCUGCAGUGGCUUGCAGCACACAUGUCCCACGCAGACAACUUUUGCCACGUUAUUGUUCGCCUGCCCUCCACGCCGUGAGCACACGUAAAAAGUGUGUGUGUGUGUGUGUGUGUGUGU